AUGGACCUAAUAAAAUCUUAUUACAACCGCUACCAGCCCUCUUGGUCCGACCAGUUCCCUACUACAUCAUUCUUCCCUCAAAUAGAUCCGGAAAAAAUAGACGUACGCCAAGCAGUUACACAUCGGCAAAAAGAAGUCGAAGAAAUUUACGAUAUAAACACUUACGAUAGUUUCGUAUCCACCAACAGCGAUUUUGUGGACCUGAGCUCGUUAACGGAAGAAGAAAAAGGCCAUUAUAGCAAUUUUAACUUUUUCACAUUGAAAAGAAGUGAUUUUAACAACCAGAAUGAAAAAAGAACUACCGUGGUACUCAAUCAGGAUAGGAAGAGUUGCAGAGGUCGCCGAAAAAUUAUAGUUCGAGAUCGUCCCACCUCACCUACAAUAAUGAAGAAAAGACGACUGGCAGCAAAUGCUAGAGAGAGAAGAAGAAUGAAUGGCUUGAACGAAGCUUUCGAUAGAUUAAGAGAAGUCAUACCUAGUCUAGAUGCCGAGCACAAACUUAGUAAAUUCGAAACGUUGCAAAUGGCACAAACCUAUAUAUCUGCUUUAAGAGAGUUACUUGAAAGAAAUAACAUAGAUAGAUAA